AUUGUAUUUAUUUCGAAUAAAGUGCCUUUGAGCAACGCAACCUUCUCAUACGCCUAACUUAAAGGCAAUCCUCAUCGAAGUACUGGGAAGAUGAAUUCAGCAAUACGGUUUAAGCUGUUUUGUCUAUUUGUUCAUUUUCUUGUGUUUAGCGUUAUUGUAAAAGGUCAAGUGGGUAGUGGUUUGUAUGAAGGUUCUAUAGAGGAAGGACUUGGUGAUGGUCGACUAGUUAAUUUCAGUAUGGAUGCACCGUUACAAUUCCAAAUUGACGUUAAUCUAACCCGCGCGGAAUGUGCUUCAGUGAACUUGCCACAGCUUGGUUUCAAUUUUAAAGGCAAAGACUUUACGAGAGCUUAUGUUUGUGCUAAUGGAUUAGUUAAGUUCAACAACCCAUCUUAUGCAGUGAAUCCUCGAAAUUUUGGGACAUAUAGUGGUCAAAACCAAGGCUCAGAAUCACUUGCGCCCUAUUGGUCGCUUGUUGAUUUAAAAUUUUUUCAAACGGGAUUUUCAAAAGUUUAUUACAGGUCAUAUGAAAACCGUAUGAACAAUUUUCAAGUGUUUGAGAGGAUUGAGAGCGCAGCAAAGGAAAUAUUAAACACUACAGAGUAUACGGCAAGUUGGGUGGCUGUUGUGACUUGGGAGAACCUUAAACCAAAACAACCUUUAAAUAACACCUAUGGCGGAGAAAAUGCUUUCCAACUCUUGUUGGCCAACACUGCCGAUAGCAAAGCCGUUACAUUGUAUAUUUAUAAAGAUAUCGACUGGUCAAUUGGGGUUUUUAGAAUGGAUUAUGCUAAUUUCAUUGGAGCAAGUGACUUACCUGUGAUUGGUUAUAAUUCAGAUAACGAAAAUUUUGAGAAUUUUCGAACCUCUGGAACAGUUAAUGCGGAAACAGUUGAUGAUUACAUGAAUCCCACAACAGGAAAACGAGGAGAAAUUGCGUUUGAUUUGAGUUUGAAGAUAACUGAAGCUCCUCUUACAAGUGCAGAAACGUGUAGGCGAUGGGUUAAUGAACAGGUUGCAGAAAACAUCAGACGGGGGAAUUGCUCAACACCUUGUGCUCCAAAUCUACAGCUGGCUUUUCUUAGUUUAGGAAGUAAAUUUAUUACAAACUACCGUAGAUUUAAGGCAGGGCUUUCAACUGAGCUUGAAAACUUCUGCAUAUUUAGCGAUCAAAUAUCAACAGGAAACAGUGCGGAUGAGUGUUGCUAUAGAUUUCUUGGUAACAAAUCUUCAUACGAACAGUCUUUUAUCACCAAUCAAUAUCAGUCAUUUUUCCUAAGCACGAGUUCUCUAAUAAAUGCUGGUCCAGGGCACUGGCAUCAGUUUCAUCCAAGACAUGAUUUUAUGAAAUUUCAAGAAGAAGAGAAUCGCUACCAAGAAUGCUGCACCAACAUUAGUAGCACCCAAGAAUCAUGUUCGUUGUUUUAUAGCGUCCGCCCAAUAUGUAAUGACUCCCUCUGGACGUUUCCAACAACGUGGGGUUCUCUGUAUGGUGAUCCUCAUUUUGUCACACUUGAUCGUAAAAACUACACUUUCAAUGGCUGUGGUUGGUACACAUAUUUUAAAGGAAAUAUCCCAGGCAACAAUAAAAGCUCCCUUGUGGUUCAAGUUCGAACGUCAAGAGUGAAUUUUGUACUGAACGCUACAGGUUUUACUGCUAUCGCAAUAAAAGAAGGUGAAACAGAGACAAUUCAGGUUAAUCUGAAUGUAUCAGGUGGGCUUAAUCUUCAAGUAAACAAGGCUGAAGUCAAUCUUCCUCCACAAAAUGGAUCCUUACUUGAUAGUGGCAUUUCUUUAUCUUAUCUUAACAAUACGUUCGAAAUUUCAACACCUCUUGGGAAUGGAGUACGAAUAAAUGUAGCAGCAAAUGGUACAUUUUUUACUUUUGUCGUUGCUUUGCUGCAAGAAUAUAAAAACUCAUCGCUAGGACUCGCUGGGAAAUGGAAUGAUGAUAUUGAAGACGAAUUUACUCUUCCCAAUGGAACAGUUUUACCAAUUGAAGCUAGUGAUUCACAAAUUUUCUAUAACUUUGGAGAAUUGUGGAGAGUUCCAAACAACGAAGUAAUUUACCAAUCUGAAAAUGAUGAGGCUUUCAGGUGUCCUCCAAACUUUGUACCUGUGUUUAUUAAUGAAGCAUUGAAUAGUCUUAAUGCCGAUACCACGUUAAAAGAAGAGGCUAAUAAAGUUUGCGGUGAGGAUGUUACUUGCCUCUUUGAUAUUGGUGCAACACUUAACGUGGAGAUUGGGAAGUCAACAAUCGAUGAAAUUACCACAAUAAACAAUGAAAUUGAAGAAGCAGAAAACCGGCUACCUUUUUUCAUUGGAAAUGUAUCGACUAUCAACGUAACUCUCGGAGAAACAUUUAACUUGGUGUUAGAAGCAGAAGAUCCUGAUGGUGAUGCUUUGUCUUUUGCAAUUUCUUCUCUUCCCAAUGGGUCUUACUUUACCCAAACUGCAAAGCAUUUAAAUUUUACUUGGAAUGUUCAAUCUGACGAAGUGGUUGGUCUUACAUUCAUUGUCACUGAUUCAAAGAAUGGAUCGGCAACACUGAAUCCAGCUAUCCAACUUUGUAAAUGUCAAAAUGGUGCUUGUUUUGUACCUGCAGCAACAUCCGACGAAGUAGCUGCAUCUAAAUCUUCAUUUCUUAUAAUGUCUUGCGCAUGUCAAAUGGGCUACACUGGUCGAUUUUGUGAAUCAAUCCAAGAUUUCUGUGAAGGUGGUUUGUCACCACCCUGUCAUCCCUUGGUUACUUGCACCAACAAACCAACUGGUCCAGAAUGUGGCGGUUGUCCCAGUGGAUAUGAAGGAAACGGAUUAUUUUGCCUUGAUGUGGAUGAGUGCACAGAAGGUGUGAGUGGGUGCAAUCAACGUUGCACAAAUAACGCAGGCUCCUUUAAAUGUUCUUGUAUGAAUGGGUUUACUUUAGACUCGGAUGAAAGAACUUGCAAUGACAUUAAUGAAUGCAGAAGACCAAAUGAUUGUGCUCAGAUUUGUAGAAAUAACAUUGGCUCAUUCAGUUGUGGUUGUCGUUUUGGAUUCGUGGUUGAUCCAAAUAAUUUGCAAAACUGUAUAGCUCAAACAAAGUGCAGCGAAAACCACAAUUGUUCGCAAGAAUGUUUUUUUGAUAGUUCAAAAGGAGAAACAUGUAUGUGCCGUUCUGGAUACUUACUUCAAUCUGACGAGAAAACGUGUGAAGACAUUAAUGAAUGUACAAAUCCACGAAGUAACCUCUGCUCCCAAAGGUGCCAAAAUACAAUAGGAAGUUACAAUUGCAUAUGUUUACCUGGAUACACUUUGACAGGAAUAACGAAUUGCGAAGACAUUAAUGAGUGCUUAAUGGGCAGUGGCUUCAGAUGUAGAUGCUCAAGAGGAUUAAACUUAGUCCUGGAAAAUGGUAGAUGCGUAUUUCAAGACGGAAAUGUUGUGGUUGAUGGUGCUCCACCACCACCUAAGGCAAACAACGAACAAAUAAAUAAUGCUGUGGAAAUAACAAUCGUCAACUUCCAGACCUCAAAUUACACAGAAGAGAUAAACGACAAAUUCAAACAAGAGGUGGCCGAUUUACUUAAUGCCUUUUGCAACGAGAAUGAACUACGUCCUCAAGAUUGUGGCGUGUCGCAAAACUCUUUGCAGCUUAGUGUACUUAACGUGGAAAGACUUCCUGGUUAUCCAAAUAACACUGGAAACAACGUCACUCUAAGAUUUUAUGUUGAUUAUCCAGAAGAUAUUCGAAAUGGUACAAUGAACAGAGCAACAUUAGGAUCAAUUGUUUUCACCGAAUUGCAAAAAUUGCAAACCGCUCUAAGCCUGACAUUAAUUGUUAACACACCACUACUUGGAGAUGUGACACCACCAUCUGCAGCACAACUCAAUAACACCGUCUUGCUAACCAUUUCCAAUUUUGCAGCGAACCAGUGGACAACAUUAUACGACAGAAUUUUCAGAAGAGCAGUGGCUGUCACUAUUAAUAAAUAUUGUGAAAGGGACAACUACACUCGUUCUCAAGAUUGCCUUCUACUAGGCUCCGACAGUUUCCAGGAAGGACAAGUUAGUCGGACACCAGGCUAUCCACGUGCGAAUGGGCAAGGUGUUGAUAUCCAAUUUUAUGUCAAUCAAAAAAACUCACAAAAGCCUCUUCCUCGUCUUACACUUGCAUCAAUACUAGCUGAAACACCUCUAGAGGAUGCCCUGUCACGAAAAGUUGAAAUACGAUCUUCAUUUAAGCCCCUGGACCCACCACUUGCUAGCUCUGAACAAAUGUCUAACAGUGUUGUCAUAAGAAUCGAGUUUAGUUUGAACCAGUGGAACUACUUGAUCGACCGUCGAUUGAGAGCAACUGCUAUUGCCCCACGUAUUACCGAGUAUUGUAGUUCAAAUAACAUAGAUUGCCAAGUACAGAAUGGCACAUCGACGUCGUUUACCGUUGCUGAUAUCCAGCGUAAUUCAAGCACAACACCCACUCAAUUCAAUGCCAAUGAGAUUGAUUAUAGUUUCUACGUUAACUAUCCUGAACAAAACAAUUCUAUCACACGGGAGAUCCUUGCGUCUAUUGUAAAGGUUGAGUUGGGUGCAAUGCAAUCGUUAUCAAGGCUCUUAUUUUCACUUCAAACAUCGUUUGCACCUUCCACUCCUCCUGAACCAACCAAACUUCAGUCCAGAAACACAGUUCAAAUCAAGAUCAAAAGCACAAAAGCUAAUCAGUGGAGCGCAAUUCAAGACAACAAGUUCCGAAAAGCUAUUGCCUCCCAAAUAACGAAAUAUUUCUCUGAUAAUUUUGCUAUAUGUGUAUUUGAAAGUCAGUCAACAUUUUACUCUUCACAAGUGAUUCGUCUUAAAGAUUCUCCAGUACAAGAUGGCGCCGAUGCUACAUAUACGUUCUUUGUUAACUACCUUCCACCACGGAAUAGUCCCAUACAACGCAAUUUUCUUGCUGGGAUCUUGAUGAGCAAAAUUAAAGAACUUCAAACGGAAACGAAAUUUGAUCUAAUGGUGAACACAUCCACAUUAGCCGCACCAGCUACUGCUGCUGCAAAUAAUAAUACUGUUAUCGUUGCUGUUCUUAAUUUCACAGCAGAUCAAUGGUCGGCAGUACAAGAAAAUUUAUUUCAAUGUUACAUGGCAGCAACAAUUGCAGAAUUCUGUACGGAAGGUCGUGAAUGUAGAGCUACUAGGAAUCAAGUUUCGAAGUCCAACGUACAUAUUGUUCAAGGUUCUCCUAGACAAAAUGCUUCAAAUGUAAAUAUAGAGUUCUUUGUAAGCUAUCCUAGUGGUGGUAACUUAGCAAAAGAACUGCUUGUGGUGAUUCUUAACCGAAAUCUCACGUCAAUUGAAUCAAACAUUGGGCUUAGAAUCGUUCUUCUUACAACAAUCGUUGUUCCACCCCCACCAACAGCUAAUGAAGAUAAUGAGGCCAAUGCUAUAAGCAUCAUAAUAAAAAAUUAUCAAGCGAGCCAGUGGAAUCAAAGAGAUACGCUUUUCCGAGAAAAUAUGGCGGAAGAAAUCAACAUUUUCUGUGCUGAGGUUGAUAUUUGCAAUCCUCCAUUGGAUAAAGGAAACAAUCUCACCGCAGAAAAUAUUCAACGGUUGCCUGACUUUCCAAUCCAAGUUGGUAACAAUGCAAAUCUAUCUUUUUACGCCGAGCUUCCUCACAGAAAUGAGUCGUUACCUAAAGACCUUCUCGCAACAAUAUUCAUCGAAAAACAAGAUGCUAUAUUGUCUGGUCUGGAAAUUGAAGUUCCACCUGUAGACCUCCCUCGUGCAAAUCUUUCACAAGAGGAAAAGAAUAACACAGUGACUCUUGCAAUACUCGGUCGCAAUGUCGAUAAGGUAAAUCUGUUUGUCAUUUUUGAAAUAAGAAGAGUAAUGGCAGAAAGAAUGAACGAAUUCUGUUCUAGUACUGACAUAGAUAUUUGCCGACUUCAGAGAAAUAGUCGAAGAAAGAAAAGAGCAAUUAUUGGCCAAACAUUUAAUGAAAGUGACAUUACCAUCGACACAGAUGCUCUUACUAGUGUUGGAGGGCGUGCAGUGUUAGAAAUAAGCGUCAACAAGCCUGGUACAACAGAUCCAGUGGAAAAAACUCUUGUUGAAGAAGCCUUAAGUCAACCUUUACGAGGCAACAAUCUUCAACUGACUCUUUCUGAACCAAUAAGAAACAUAGCAAGUCAUCCUAAUGCAAUAACUCUUAGGUUGAGAAAUUUUAAUCGAUUACAGUGGACACCAUCCCUAGAAGUAUCAUUUCGUUACAACGUGUCAAAGGCUGUCAUUGGGUUUUGCAAUUUGAGAUUGAAUUUGUGUAACUUCACCAGAAAUGAAGUGAAUAACAUCAACUUCAGAAACGUAGAAAUAUUAACAGGCUCUCCUUUGCAAAAUGGAGUGGAUUCGCUGUUGUCCUUCUUUAUUCUACAACCUGAGGGAUCAACAUUGUCUCCAGUGGUCCUUGCAACUAUUGUGGAGUUAGUAAGAGUAUUACCUAACUCCUACUCCGUGGAAACACCAGCAGUAAAUGUCAACUUGUCACAACUGCAAGAGUCAAAUCUUGUAAAUCUCUUAAUACUUGAUAACAGAACCAUCAACGAUGAGGCACUGAAACUGGACAUAGAAAUUUCGAUAGCGAAGAGAUUAAAUACGUAUUGCUUCAAUAGAAAUGCUUCUGAAGUUUGCUCGUCUGACAAGAAUUUUACCCUCAACGAAAUAAUAACUCAAAUUGAUACAUCAAAUGUGAUCCGUUUUGUCGUUUUAAAUCCUGUCACAACCAAUCCAAUAUCAUCAAAAAACGUUCAGGAGGCAAUAAAUGGAAGUUUUACGUCAGAUAUUUUCAAAUUACGACUUUCUAUCACCAUCCCUCCACUACCUGAUCCAGACGCGGCCAAUGCUGUCAGCAUCUUACUAAAGGAUUUUACUGCAAGCGAGUGGAGCACAAGAGAUUUGGUUUUCCGGCAGAAAAUGGCUGAACAAAUAAACGUUUUCUGUGAUGAAGUCAAUAUUUGCAAUUCUCCUUUGUCCAAAGAAAUCAACCUCACAGCAGAAAAUAUUCAAAGGCUGCCGGAUUCACCAUUCCAAGAUGGCAAAGAUGCAAAUCUAUCCUUUUACGUAAAAGUUCCUCACAGAAAUGGAUCAUUUCCUAAAAAUCUUCUGGCGACAAUCUUUACGGAAAACAAGAUGUGGUAUUGCCUGGCAUAGAGGUUUCAACUCCACCUGUAGACCUCCCUCGUGAAACACUUUCAUCUGAGCAGAAGAAUAACACAGUGACUCUUGCUAUACAUGGUCGCGAUGUCAAUAAGGUCAAUCUGUUUGUAUUUUUUGAAAUACGAAGAGCAAUGGCAGAAAGAAUGAACGAGUUUUGUUCGAGUACUGACGUAGAUAUUUGCCGACUUGAAAGAAAUGG